UUAACACUUGCUUUAAUCCAAUUUCCAGAAGAAUCUGAAGUUGAUACAUUUGCAUGGGAACGUAUUAAGGAUAUAUACCACGAAAGCCGCUGCAGUGCACUUUGUUUUGCACCAGAAACAUCUCUCGCAUGUAUACCAAAAACAGUUAUAUUCUGUGCAGCUGGGUCAGAUUUUAAAUUACGAAUUUUCCGUACGGAUCUUCAAAAUUCAGAUACUGUACAAGAUUUAAAAGGUCAUUCUAAUUAUGUUAACGACGUAAACUGGGACACUGAAGGUGAAUAUCUUGCGUCUGUUAGUGAUGACCAUUCAUGUAAAAUUUGGAACGUUGAGUCAAAUUUUGAAACUGUUACAACGUUUUGUCUCUCAUCAGCUGGGAUGUCUGUUAAAUGGCAUCCGGAAGAUCCUCACAAAGUCUUAGUUGCAGAGAAAAAAGGAAUUGUACAUAUGUACAAUGUGCGCUCACAACAAGCUAUAAUAUCUAUAGAGACACCAAAAUUUCCAUUAAUGUCGGCAGAUUGGUCCUUAGAAAAUCGUUUUUGUAUUGCAACAUUAGCCGGUGGCGAUGUAAUUACAUGGGACUUGAGGCACCCAAGCUCACCAACAGACAAAAAGCAAAUGCAUGAAGACUGUGGACGGAAUAUAUUAUUUUCGCCUUCAACCGAACUACUUAUAGCUAGUAUUGGCCGCCCCGAUAUUACUCUUAAAGUUUACACUUCGAAAUCAGUAGUUCCACAAAUAGAAGCACCACUAAAAUUGUUUGGUGGUAUUUCCUUUCACAAUCGGUUACCAUAUAUAGGUGCAGCGUGUGAUAGAAAACUUUGUUUUUGGAAAAUUAAAUUAAAAUAAAAUACAUAUUUUGUUUUGUAUAAAUGGUAAUUUUUUUUUAAUAAAUUAAA